AUGAAAAGGAGGGAAGCCGUCAAAGCAGAAGAGCAGCGCGAGUACCUCCUUCCCGCCGCCCGCUCCGUGUUCCCACGAACCGACACUUUCUCGCUGGAUUGCACUAUUGCAAAAGUUGCCAUAAAUGUUUUUAAGGUCGAGAGUACCGCCGAACCAGUAACUCCUGGGGUUGCAGUAGAAACUAGUCCGGGUCGCAAACAACGUGUCUUGAGCAGGCGCUUGCUUGCGGCUGUGACACAUGGAAGCUUGCUUGCGAAUUUACCUUACUUCAUCUUAACCGCGGGUGUUUCCAUAACAGCAAAACACAAAACUUACGAUCUACCCAAUUUGAGAGAUUCAAAUUCUGACCAUAGCAAUCUUCAUCCACAGAGUCUGUCAGGCCACACAACACCAGUUGAAUGUGUGCGUUUUGGUGGAUCCGAGGAACUGGUGUGCGCCGGGUCCCUGAGUGGUGCGCUGAAGAUAUGGGACCUGGAGGCCACCAAAAUUGUCCGGACACUGACCGGACACAAAGCCAACAUCAGAUGCAUAGAUUUCCACCCUUAUGGGGACUUUAUCGGCACGGGUUCCCUUGACACAAACAUUAAGCUGUGGGACAUUAGACGAAAAGGUUGCAUCUUCACAUAUAAAGGGCACAACCUAACAGUCAAUAGCCUGAAGUUUUCCCCAGAUGGCCAGUGGAUAGCAUCUGCUGGAGAAGAUUGCAAUGUGAAGUUGUGGGAUCUUCGAGCUGGCAAAAUGAUGACAGAAUUUGCCCAACACACUGGGCCUGUUAGUGAUGUAGAAUUCCAUCCUCAUGAAUUCCUAUUAGCCUCUGCAUCACAUGACAGAACUGUAAACUUUUGGGAUCUAGAGAAAUUCUCUCUAGUCUCAUCCACAGAUGCUGAUACAGGACCCAUCAGAACAAUUGCCUUUCAUCCUGAUGGUGAUUGCCUGUAUGCAGGAUCUCCCGAUAUUCUCAAGGUGUAUGGGUGGGAGCCUGCCCGUACAUUUGACACAGUUGCUAUGGGUUGGGGCAAGAUUCAAGAUAUUGCCAUUGCCCAAAAUCAGCUUAUUGGUGCAGGUUUUCAUGGUGUGCAUGUGUCUCUGUAUGUGGUUGACCUGAAGCGGGUUCAGCCCUUCGGUGGGCCCCAGCAAGAUGUCCCAUCAACUUUCAGACAUGGUGCAGCUAUACGCAAGAGUUUUAUCAAGGACAAAAACUCUGGAAAGGCUACAGCGGAAUCCAUGAAGACUGAAGAAGCCUCAGACACAGGUGGUGAAGAGCCACAGGAGGAGGACCCACCUCCAGAGAUCACAAACCUAAAUGAUUACAAUUCAAUCUUCCAGACCAGGAGAGAGUUACAGAGAACACCACCUCUUCCUGAGCCCAAACCUCCCAUUAACAAUAAUAAUGAUCCAAUGGUACCUCAAGUUAUGACCAGUCCGGAUGUCAUUCGUCCUGAGCCUUUGAGAGCUAUGCCAAUACCAACUACAAAACCUUCAACUCCUGACUCAACACGAAGAGGAUCGUCACACACUGUGUCGCAUCUGCCGAGGCCUAUACCAACCCCAAGAGAAAUUAUAACUCCUAGAUAUGACAAUGGUAACCAGCCACAGACUCCUCCCUCACACUCCACCAGUUUUCCAAGUCUCUAUGAGAGACGUGGAUCCUCCCAGGAACAGUCUAGCUACGUCUCCCCCCACAGGGAUUAUUCACUAAGUGGAAAUGCAAGCCCUAACUUGAGUCAACCAUACAGAGCUCGUGCAGUAUCUGAGAGUAGAAGAGAUUCAAGAGAGCCUUCCAGUUCUUCACAUGAAGCAGAAGGAAAUAGGUAUGCUAUCAGGCACAGCCCAUCUGAACCUUACCUGGUGAGACAGUCCUCUUCACCAGGCCCUCCAGUCUCAUCACCAGCAUACCAUGAUUCAGCACCACACUUACCACAGCUUCCUCGACCAGAUCUUACGAAUCUUAACCGAACACAAGCUUCAUCGAAACCUGACCUUACCUCUCAUUCCAAGCCUAUGGAUCGGCCAGCCUUAGUAAAGCCUACGUCAAGGGUUCAUGGGCCUCAGAGCCCUGAUGUGUCAUACCUAAACACCCCCAAGAAUACCAGUCCAGAUAUAUCAUAUAUGGGAACACCCAAGGAACCUCCAGAUUAUGGCUAUAGUCAAGAUAAAAUGAAUGACAUUGAAUAUAGCUCAUCAUACUCUACAGAUAAUGGAACUAUCAACUUUGAGGACUUUUUACCAAAUAAGCUGAGUGGACUAGGGUUUGGCAGCAAUGGUGUUACUGGUAUUGCAGGAAAUGAAAUGUCAGAACAAGAAGUUUUAUCCAGCAUUAUGCGUGGUCAUUCUUCCAUGAUGUCUGUCAUAUCUGCACGGACAAGGGGGCUACAAGUCACACACAAGCUGUGGCAGACAAAAGACUUGAAAACUGCUGUAGAUCAUGCACUAAACUCUGGAGAUCAAGCAUUGCUUGUUGAUCUUCUUGGAAUUAUUAACCUCAGACCGUCAAUAUGGAACUUGGAUCUUUUAACAGCCUUAUUACCACCUGUAAGUCUUCUGUUGCAGAGUAAAUAUGAAAUGUAUGUAACCUGUGGUUAUAAUGCUCUGAAGCUCAUGAUAAAGAACUUCGCUGAGAUCAAGUCCAAUAUGUCUGGUCCAAUUCAUUCAGUAGGAGUUGAUAUAUCAAGAGAGGAAAGGUACAAUAAGUGUAUAGAAUGCUACAACCACAUGAUGUCAAUCCGAGCCUUCCUUCUUAAACGACAAACUGUUCCAGGGAAGUUAGGACCUAUGUAUCGAGAGCUAGUAAUUUUAAUGCAGGCAUUUGAAUAAUUUUUUUCUUUUUCUUUUUUUUCUAUGGGGGAGGACUAGUCUUGCAUAUAAAUGGAUUACAAGAGAGAAUAAAAGAUCUUGUUUUUGUAUUAGUGUUGCUUUUUGAAAAUCACCAUGCCCAGAAAACCAUGAUUACAAGGAUAAAGGAAAUAUAUUGAUUAUCCUUCACCAUACUAGAAAAAAAAUAGGUGCUUGGUAA